ACUUCCGUCAAUAUUUGCAGCUUCACCGUGGAGGAAACGAACAAACUAUUCGUCAUAUAAGCUUUUCUGCAAAUACCUCGGUGUGUUUGACAACGUUUUGCGGUUUCUUGUUUUUGCUAUUAAGAAGAUCUCCAGCUGAAGAAUGCCUUUCUUGGGCAAAGACUGGAGAUCUCCAGGAUGGAGCUGGACAAAGACCGAGCACGGCUGGAAGAGGAGCAUCUUCUAUGCUCACGAUUUGGCAGACAUCAACAACCAGCUGAACCUAAAUGAGCUCUGCAGUAAUAACAAAGAAAACCAGUAUGUCGGACAUGUGUGUGAACUCACCAGCACAAAGAGGAAAAAAGACUUGGACAACAACAAGACCAAAUCUCAGUUUGUUUUUAGGGAUAAAUGGAUCUACAUACAGAAAGGGAGCACAAAAGAGCGGCAUGGAUACUGCACACUUGGUGAAGCCCUGAACCGCCUGGACUUUUCCAGCGCCGUUCGGGACUUGAGACGAUUCAACUACGUGGCCAAACUCUUCCAGCUUAUAGCCAAGUCUCAGCUGACGUCCCUGAGCGGAGCUGCCCAGAAAAACUAUUUCAAUAUACUGGAGAAGAUCGUACGAAAAGUCCUGGAUGACCACUACAAUCCGCGCCUUGUCAAGGAGCUACUGCAGGACCUCAUUGCAACGCUGGACAGCCUGACUUUUCAUGUUGGCAAGUCAGUCCUGGUGGGAAACGUCAACAUCUGGAUGUGUCGACAGGAGAUGAUUCUGAACUGGCAGCAGCAGCUCAACAAUCUGCAGAUCCCCACGCAAAUAUCCUGCGGGAAGUCACUGAUUGAUCUGCCGCUCCACACUCAGAACAAGAUCCUCUAUAAAUUAUCCGACGCAUAUGACAUUAUUAACCUGGGACAAGCCACGCCUACUCUGCACAUCCUUAGUGAGAACAGAAGACUCUGGAAGAGACUUUGUCACUUUCACUUCUCAGGCAAACCGUUCUGUAGGAAUCUGGUCUUAUCCACGACAGACACCGUGGACUGGAAGGUGAUGUACUUCACGCUGCAGAAGCACUAUCCCGUGAAGGAGCAGUACGGUGACACGCUCCAUUUCUGCAAACACUGUAGCAUCCUCUUCUGGAAGGACCGCAACCUGACAUUGUUCUUCAAGGACUGUGGCCAUCCGUGCACAGCCAAUGAUCCAGAGAGCUGCGUCAUGCCCAUCACUCCACAUCACUUUAUCGACCUCUUCAAGUUCUAAACCUUCAUGCUGCUCUUUAAGACAAACAUCUGUUGACCUUCACUCACAGAUGUAAAGGGCUCAAGCAGAAAAAUGUGACUUACCGUAUUUAUGUCUAAGUUUCCUUUCUCACAAAUGCAGCGGCACAUUGUUGUUGAUGUGCAAAAUGUUUAAAGGGAGUAUGUUAUUUUUCCUUCUCCCAAAUGAAGGGUCACUGAGGGAAGGACAGCAACGCUAUUUUGUCUGUAUUUCUGCGGCUGCAGAAGGUUGCGGACACGCCUACAUUUCAUUUGACUGCUGCAGGUAGACGGUGGGUUUGAGAGUUUGGAAUAACCCAGAUGAAUACUUGUGUGGUUGCCAUCCAGGACCCGAGGUGGUCCUGUAGUGUGGUGGACCCGUGCCACUGGACGGGACGGGAAUAUGUCAAAGGAUUAUAUGUAAAGUGAAUUUGAGUGUCCUUAUAGUGAGUAAAAUAUGACGGCAGCUUGAGAACCCGUUGGUUUGAUUACUGAGGAUUUUCUGUCUUUGUCCUGUUUUGUGUUGUUGACAUUUAAUUGAACGCAUGUCCAGUUUGAGUCCACGUACAAAUGCUGUGUUCUUUUGUGUACAGUGGGGUCUUGGAUCACAUAAAUCUGCAUGAGUGUGCAGGUUUUUACAGUCUGUUCGUGUCACAACUGUCAAUGGCAGAAAUGUAAAAUAAUUAUGUUUAAAAAAAAAGAAAAAAGUUAUACUUUCAACUUUUCUAAUCUUUUACCAAUAUUAUACAAGUGUGACUUAUUGGACACAAAACUAUGUAAUAAUUAAAAAUGUCUGAAAAUCUU